AUGGCAGUCAACCAUAUGACAGAUGGUUUACCUAUGGGUUCACCCAUCAGUGGACUUCUUGCAGAGAUUUUCGUUGCUUACUUGGAGUCUCUAAUCAUCAAACACCACUUAUCACAUAAAAUAAUUCUUUGGAGAAGGUACGUUGAUGACAUAUUUUGUAUAUGGUCUGGAACCCUUGACGAAUUAAACUCCUUUCUCACGUUCAUCAACUCCCUAUCCAGAAUUAAAUUCACACUAGAGAUUUCCGAUAACAACAAUAUUAACUUCUUGGACUUGAACAUUACUCUGAACCCCGACAAUUCGUUUAACUAUAAUAUUUACAGAAAGCCCACACAAACUGACGUUGUGAUUCCUAAGUUCUCCUACCACUCACCCCAGAUCAAGAGGACAGCCUUCUGCUUUCUUCUGAACCGCCUGCUUAACAUUCCCCUUACUAAAACAGACUACAAUAGAGAACUUGGUAACAUCUACAAGAUUGCCACCAACAAUGGCUACCCUGUACAAUUUGUGGACAACAUCUUGGCCUCUAUCAAAGAAAAACGCAUCUACAAGAAAAUAUACCCUCAUACUCCUAUCAAGAAAACUUAUGUGGUGGUUCCUUACUUCCAUGGAUUCAACUGCAAGUUAAAAUCUCUGCUUUCCAAUCACGACCUAGCCCUCAUUAACAGCUCACAUAAAACUUUAGAGAGACUACUGGUUAACAAUAAACCAAAGAAAAACAACGCCCAAAAAAGUGGAAUUUAUAAAAUAAAUUGCAACAACUGCCCUGCCUUCUAUAUUGGUAUGACAACCAGAGCCGCAGGAAUCAGAUUUAAUGAACAUGUCAAGAAUAGACCAGCUUCAGCGAUGGGUGGCCACUUGCAUGAAAAUGAACAUUCCGCUUCACUCGAAAGAAUGACCGUAAUUCACGAAAGCGACGACUUCUGGAGACUAGUUCUUCUAGAACAACUCGAGAUUCUGAAGAACAAAAAUAGUGAACACCUCCUCAACGAGAUUAAAGAUUUUCCUAACCCAAAUUUGUUCAAACUAGUUCUCUUUCCCAACCGGUGA